CCGGUGUCUUCUGGGACACAUAACAGGUCCCAGAAGGCUCUGGGCCUUGGCUGUCACAGAACCCACUCCCCCUCCCUCCCCAAAGGUCUGCAGUCUCUGGUAAUCUCCUUUACUGUCUGCAGUCUCUGGUCAUCCCCUGCACUGUCUGCAGUCUCUGGUCUUCUGUACUAUGUCCACAGUCUCUGGUCAUUCCCUGUACUAUGUCCACAGUCUCUGGUCAUUCCCUGUACUAUGUCCGCAGUCUCUGGUCAUACCUGGUACUAUGUCCGCAGUCUCUGGUCAUUCCCUGUACUGUGUCCGCAGUCUCUGGCCAUCUCCUGUACUGUGUUCGCAGUCUCUGGUCAUCUCCUGUACUGUGUCCACAGUCUCUGGUCAUCACCUGUACUGUGUCCGCAGUCUCUGGUCAUCCCCUGUACUGUGUCCGCAGUCUCUGGCCAUCUGCUGUACUGUGUCCGCAGU